UACGUAUUAAUUGUCAAUAUAUUAUGAAUAGUAAAUACAAACGAAUAAAUGUUUGCAUAAGUUGUUCACACAUGAUCCAUUCUAUACUACAUUUUGCUGCAAAGCGAAUAAUGAUGUCUCUAGUGUAAUACACGAGAAGAAACUGAAAUUUUUUCAGACCAAGAAAAAAAAAGUCAUAACUGCGCUUGCGCAUUUUUCAGUGAAUGUAUUUCAAAGAAAUAUCGCUCUAUUACAAAUUGAGAUAAUUUAGACCAAUUUGGUUCCACCUUUGUCCCGUUGUUUGAUGUAAUUAAUUCUAUAGCUAUCUUCCGUGCGAGGGUAUCGAUCGUUUAGUAUUCAAGAAAAAAUCGAGAGAUAUUAUGAAAAUCAUAAAAAUGUUCACCACAGUUGUAUCGUAGUUCUCGUAUAAGAUGCACGCGAUAGAAGAACGUUAUUACAGGAUCAAUCGAAUAAUUCUUAAAACACUUGGCUUGUGGCCUUAUCAGCAGUCGCAUUUCGUGCAAAUACAUAAAAUGUUGUUUGCCAGUAUACUUUUGUCAUUUAUUCUUGCCCAGUUGCUGGUAUUCAUUACAACCCAAUACAAUAUAAAUCUUCUCUUCAGGAUUCUCUCUUUAGUCUUCCCUACUCUUUUUAGCACUAUAAAGUAUGGCAUGUUUAUCAUUCAGGCAGAUCGUGUCAAGCAAUUAUUGGAGCAAAUUCGAAAUGAUUGGAAAUUGUUGAAAAAUAAAUUAGAAAUUAAUAUUAUAGAGAAAUACGCUAGCAACUCCAGACUUUUCACGAUUACUGCGAUGGCAUUUUGCUUAUUAGGGUCAUGUUGUUGCAUAAUACUUCAACUUUUGCCGAUAAUUCUUGAUAUUAUAAUACCGUUGAACGAAUCACGACCCUGUCAACUUAUCGCAAUAACAGAAUACUUUGUUAACCAAGAGAAAUAUAUUUAUGCUAUAAUAUUGCACGAGAUUAUAUCCGCCUUUAUAGCAAUGAUCACAAUAUUUGGCACAGUUACGACAAUUAUGAUGUAUAUUUUGCACGCAUGUGCACUAUUUGAAGUAGCAAGUUAUCGAAUAGCGAAUUGUUGGAUUGAGAAAAAUGUGUUAGCGAUCCCUAGUCUCAGAAGAGAGCAUAUCCUUCACCACAGGAUUGUACAUGCGAUUAUUAUACAUCGAAGAGCCAUCGAGUUUACCAAAUUUAUAACAUCUACUUUUACGAUAUCAUAUGCUAUUCUGAUCAUAGUUGGCGUCGGUUCUUUAAGUUUCAAUUUUUUCCAAUUUCUUCAUGUGAUAACAUUAAUGAACAAUACGAAUGAGGCACUUAUAUUCGCCUUAUUUAUAAUUAUUCAUUUGAUAUAUUUGUUCGCCGCUAAUUAUGCCGGACAAGCAAUAACAGAUCAUGGAAUAAAGUUAUUUAAUUCAACUUAUAAUGGACUGUGGUAUACAGCACCGUUACGUACACAGAAAUUAUUAUUAUUUAUAAUGCGAAGGGGAACGAAAAAUGUCACUAUAGGAUGUGGCACUCUAUUUAUUGCAUCUUUAGAGGGUUUUGCUAUGCUCACUAAUACAGCAGUAUCCUAUUUCAUGGUAAUGUAUUCUACGAGAUAAGUCGACAAGAAAAAUUCAUUAUCACUUAGGUAAAUUUAUCUCAAAUAAAUAU